UUUGAACUUCGCUUCUAAAUUAGUGAAAAAAAUAAAUAUAUUAGCAGACAACUAUUACUACUAUAAACGAUACCCUCUCCUCUUUCUAAUCUUAAUAUACAUAAUAUAGAUUAUAGGUAUUAAUAAAAUAAUUUAGUAUAAAAUACACGAGCGCGGAAAACAACACAAAUAUUCUAGACAGUUGAGCGGUAUUACAGUGAUCUCCGUCGCACUCGAUUAUAAAUCGUCUUGUUAAUGAUAAUAAUAUUGAUAAUAAUUUACACCAUCACUACAGUUGUACCGUUCAAGUUCAGCGACGGUACCACCGACCGAUCUACACGUCGCGUGCAAGUAGUUUCAGUUAUGCCGGUGAAGGGGAAUCGCGUGCACCGAUAAAGUCAAUAUUGAUAAUUCUUUAUACUGUUGAUCUUGCGCUGUGCGGACGGACGUGCAUAUUGGCCGUUACGUACGCGCGUUACCUGCAAUAUCCCGUCUGCAUCCGGCCAAGCGGUUGGAUUCGCCAUGUCGGACGUGAUUCCGUUCGUCCAACUGUACGCCGCCGCCGUUCUGCUGGUCGUGUUCCUGAGCUACGUUUACCUUACGUACCACUACGGCAAGUGGACAAAGCUCGGAGUACCGCAUGCCGUGCCGACGCCGCCAUUCGGCAGCUUGGGCGAUGUUGUCGCGGGCCGCGCACCGCUCGUAGAAGUCAUCCAUUCGCUGUACCGCGAGUUCGACGGCCAACGGUAUUUCGGCAUCUUCGAGGGACGCCAACCGCUGUUGGUGGUUCGCGACCCGCAGCUAGUGCACACCGUCAUGGUAAAGGACUUCCGAUCGUUCGUCGACCGAAACGCAAGCAAGGAGUCGUUCGUGCACGACAAGCUGUUCGAUCACCUGGUGAACUUACGAGGAGAUCAGUGGAAAGCCAUCAGGGCCAAGUUGAGUCCGACUUUUUCCGCGGCCAAACUCAAGUCCAUGUUAGGUGACAUAAACGUGUGUACGGCGCGUCUGAUCGACAACUUGAACGGGCAGAUAACGAACAACAAUGGAAUUGUUGAUGUGAGUGAAGCAGCGGCUCAAUUUACAACUGACACUAUUGGCCGAUGUGCUUUUGGUCUAGACUGUAAUACAUUAUCAAAUCCAGAUUCAGAAUUUCGUCGUACAGGACGAGAGAUUCUUAUGCCGAGACUUCGAUCGACUUUACUAAAUUUAACCAGACUACUUGGUUUUGGUCGGCUUUUAGAUGUAUUUAGAAUACGUGGUAUGCCAAGCAACAUAUAUGACUUUUUUGAUGAUCUACUUGAAACAACAAUGAAACAACACAGACAUGGAGAAAAUUCACGUAAAGAUUUUAUAGCACUUUUAGUAAAGUUGAAAGAAGAAGAAAAACUUAAAGAAAAUGAACAAAAAUUGUUUACUGAUGACAUAUUAGCAGCAAAUGCUUUCGUAUUUUUUGUUGCUGGUUUCGAAACUACGGCUUCCACAAUAAGUUAUUGUUUAUACGAGUUGGCGAUGAAUCCUGAAAUUCAAGUAAAAUUAAGAGAAAAAAUCAAACAAACAUUGGACGCAAACAAUGGAACGCUUGAAUACGAUACGUUAAAAGACAUGAAAUAUUUGGAUAUGGUGAUAAAUGAGACAUUUAGACUUCACCCACCAGUUCCAGUUUUAAAUCGAGUUUGCACUCAAAAGUACACAAUUGAGGACAGUAACAUAACUCUAAAUGUUGGUGAAAAAUUAAUAAUUCCCAUAUAUGCAUUACAUCACGAUUCCAAGUAUUAUUCAGACCCAGAAAUAUUUGAUCCUGAACGAUUUACUGAAGAAAAUAUAAGUUCAAGACCACACGGCACAUUCCUCCCUUUUGGCGAUGGACCUAGGAUAUGUAUCGGUUUGCGAUUUGCGAUGAUGGAAGCCAAAACUGGACUAGCAGAAAUAUUGUCGAAAUUCGAAGUAUCACCAUGUAAAGAAACACAAAUUCCAAUUAAACCUAAACCAAGGUCAAUUUUACUCACACCAAAUGAACCAAUUCGCUUAUCAUUGAAAAGUGUUGAUCAAUGCGGCACAUCGGCCACAACAAUACAGCUGCAGUGGCCGCACCGACCGUUUGCGUCGUUCGUGAUGAUCUGCUUCGGUUGUUGGCGGGACAUCUUGCCGGUCGCCGCGGCCGCCACUGUUGUGUCGGUGUUACUGGCGUACGCGUACUGCACGCGCCACUAUGGCCACUGGGCGACGCUGGGCGUUCCGCACACCAAACCGGCACCGUUGCUGGGCCACUUCGCCGGGCCAACGUUGGGCCGCGAGUCGGGCACCGUCACCGUGGACACGCUGUACCGGCGGUUCGCCGGUCACCGGUACUUCGGGCUGUACCAGCUCCGACACCCCAUGCUGGUGCUGCGCGACCCCGUGCUGGUGCACUCGGUGCUGGCCACAGAGUUCGCGUCGUUCCACGACCGGGUGAUGAGUAGGACGUCGUUCGAGCACGACGGGCUGUUCAACAGUCUGGUGAACCUGAGGGGCGAAAAGUGGAAAGCGGUCCGGGCCAAGUUGAGUCCCACGUUUACCGUGGCCAAGCUCAAAGCCAUGUUCGCCAGUCUGCACGUGUGCACCGGCCAACUCGUCGACAAACUGUUGCUGCUCACGCCCGGUGGCCAAGGUAUUGUUAAUGUCAGCGAUAUAUCAUCAAAAUUUACAAUCGAUACAAUUGGAAGGUGUGCUUUUGGGAUAAAUUGCAAUACACUUUUUGAUUCAAACACAGAAUACCAACGAGCUGGGCAAGCGGUUUUUACACCUACGCUGAAAUCGUCUGUAUUAAACUUUAUGAGGUUAAUUGAUCUAGGAUGGCUUGUGGACUUAUUUAGGUUACGUAAUAUGCCAGAUCUGGUCUAUGAAUUCUAUUCAAAUUUAUUUCAAGAUACAAUGGAGCUGCGUAAAAGUGAGAAAGAAGAUCGUAACGAUUUCAUUUCGAUUUUAAUCAAAUUAAGAAACGAUGAAAAAAAAAACAACAGCCAAGUUGAAUUAUUUACUGACGAUGUCUUAGCUUCAAAUGCAUUUAUAUUUUUUGCGGCUGGCUUUGAAACCACUGCAUCUACUAUGAGCUAUUGUCUAUACGAGUUAGCUUUAAAUCAAGACAUUCAAGUCGAAUUGCGCAAACAAAUUAAGCACACACUAAAUGAAAACAAAGGGAUUCUCACUUACGAUGUGGUAAAAGAUAUGAAGUAUUUGGAUAUGGUAUUAAAUGAAACUUUGAGAAUGCAUCCACCUGGCCCUGGUCUAUUGAGAGUAUGUACCAAAAAAUUUAAAAUACCAGACAGUGACAUAACUUUGGACAUCGGUAUGAAAGUACUUAUACCCACAUAUUCACUACAUCACGAUCCUGUGUAUUAUCCAAAUCCAGAAGUGUUCGAUCCCCUGCGGUUCACAGAGGACAAUAAAGCUCUGAGACCGAAUGGAACGUUCCUGCCAUUUGGCGAUGGGCCUAGAAUUUGUAUCGGUCUACGAUUUGCAUUGAUGGAGGCCAAAACAGGACUAGCAGAAAUAAUAUCAAAAUUCGAAAUACUUCCGUGUAACGAUACAAAAAUUCCCAUUAAAUUAAAUCCAAGAUCCAUUCUACUGACACCAAAUGAACCAAUAUGUUUAUUGUUUAAACAAAUUAAGUAAUUUUUUCAUUAAAAAUAAAAAUAAAAUAAAAUAACA